AUGUCUGCCUCUCGACCUAUUCCACCGGCUGUGUACCCACAAAACCCGUUCGACAGCAUCGCAAGCAAUCUAUCCAAGAUUUCUGCUUCCAUCAGGAUGCCCGAUCUAACACCUCCUCUGACACCUCUGGCGGAGCGCAGCGCGAAUAUCAUGCCGCAUGUGCAUGCGCAACACCGCAAUCCGAUUCUUGACUCCAACGAAGAUGAUGACACUGACUGGAAGUUCGUAGAAUUCCGGGGACAAGCCAAACUCAGGGAAAAAGCGUAA